AUGGCGUCGUCCUCCUCCUCUCUAUCGUCGGCGCUGAGCUCGAUGGAGCAGAUGCUGGACGCGCUCAGGCAGAGAGGGAUCGGCAAGCCCGACGACAAGCCCAAGGAGGAGGAGCCGCCGGCGCUGCCCACGCGCCCCACCGUCAGGGGCCGGCCUCCUUCCAUCCACAGGCCCGCCUCCAGCGCGCCGUGGAGUCAACAACGCCCACCGCUGGCCCUGCUCCCCCCACCGCCGGAAGAAGAAGAAGCGAAGGAGGCGGAGAGGCGUGCGGUGGAGCUGGAGCUGGAGAGAAGGGCUGUGCGGGCGGAGGAAGAGGCGAAGCAGAAGGACGACGACGUGAGGCUCAAGGAGGAGGAGAUCGCCGGGCUGAGGCAGCAGGUGGAGCUCUACGAGGCCCGGCUCGCCGAGUGGGAGGCCAAGAUGAAGGCCGUGGAGGAGGAGCUGCAGAGACAGACCGCCGCGCUGCAGAUGUCUCAGGCUGCUGCUGCUGCUGCGGCGGCCAGAGCAGCAAUCGGUUCCACGAGCCACCGCCGGGAGCCAACCUUAUCCGACGGCGUCGCGCAGGCCGAGCAACCUCCGGCGCCCACGAGGGCGGAGGAAGCGUCCGUGAAGCGGGGCGAGAGCCUGUUUCGAGGAGCAUCCGUGAAGCCCCAGCAGCAGCAGCAGCGCGCCGGCGAGCCCGCCGUCGCCGCCGUCCUUAGCUCGAACUCGAAGCCGAGCCACGCGGAGCACCACCUCGCGACCGAGUACGCGCGGGAGACCCAGGCGUUCGAGCACGCCGCGAGGGCGGUGGCCGAGGUGAAGCCGGGCACCAUGUCCGUCGACGAGCUCAAGAUGCUGAGGCGGCAGUUCGCCGCCUGGAAGAAGGAGUACGAGGCGCGGCUGCGCAAGACAAACGCGGAGCUCAAGAAGCGCGUCCACUCGGAGAAGAGCCACGACCAGCAGCCUGCCCACGGCGGCCGGCGCCGGUGGUGCGGCUGGUGGAGGACGAUCAAGGCGCCGAAAUUCAGAGCCCCCAAGAGGUGCUGCACUUGCGCUUGCGCCAUGAAGUUGCCUAGCCUUCCCUCGUGCAAGUUCCCUAGCCUCCCCUCGUGCAAGUUCCCUAGCCUUCCCUCCUGUUCCUUCUCUUGCUGCUGCUUUCGCCGCCGCCGAUAGUCACGCAAAAUGCUGGACCGCCGCUCGUUGUACAUGAAUGAAAGCAAAAUUACAGUGACCAA